GGGAGGGCAGUGGCGUGCAGCCCACGUGACCGCGCCCAGCCGUUUCCCGGCUCCGACUCCCACGUGGCAUUGCAGCCUGCUGCGGCGAAGAUGGCAGACCACGUGUGCACCUUCCACUUCAAAAAACCGGGAGGAAAGGGGGCUGCGGGCCACAGGAGGCGCCGGGGGCCGGAACUCGAGCCCCAGGAGAGCAGCAGCAGUAGCGACGAAGGCAGCACCGUGGUUCGCCCGGAAAAGAAGCGGGCGGCCCACAACCCAAUGAUCCAGAAGUCCUGUGGUCAGCAGAGGGUGGCUGGCGGCGGCGUGCGCAGCAACGAGGAGCGGGAGCUGGGGGCCCUCGGCGUGGUCUACAAGUCCACCCGCUCAGCUCGACGCGUGGGGCCCGAGGACAUGGGGGCCACGGCCCUCUAUGAGCUGGACACCGAGAAGGAGCGAGACGCUCAAGCCAUCUUUGAGCGCAGCCAGAAGAUCCAGGAGGAGCGGAGGGGCAAGGAGGAUGACAAGGUCUAUCGCGGCAUCAAUAAUUACCAGAAAUACUUGAAGCCCAAGGAUACGUCCAUGGGCAACGCCUCCUCUGGGAUGGUGAGGAAGGGCCCCAUCCGGGCGCCUGGGCACCUGCGCGCCACCGUGCGCUGGGAUUACCAGCCGGAUGUCUGUAAGGACUACAAAGAGACUGGCUUCUGUGGCUUCGGGGACGGCUGCAAAUUCCUCCACGACCGUUCAGACUACAAGCAUGGGUGGCAGAUCGAACGUGAGCUGGAAGAGGGGCGCCAUGGCAUCCCGACGGAAGAGAGCUAUGAAGUGGACAGCGAGGAUGAGGAUAUACCUUUCAAUUGUUUCAUCUGCCGCCAGACCUUCCAAAACCCAGUGGUCACGAAAUGCAGGCAUUAUUUCUGCGAGAGCUGCGCGCUGUCGCGUUUCCGCACCACCGCGAGCUGCUACAUCUGUGACCAGCAGACCAACGGCGUCUUCAACCCAGCCCGAGAGCUGACUGCCAAACUGGAGAGGCGUCGGGCUGCAGCCGAGGGUGGCGAUGCGGAUUUCCCAGGAGACCCCGAGGAGGCUGCCAUUCCAAUGAUUUAA